CUUUCGUUAAUUGGUUCCUCAUCCAGUAUUGAGAGGAGGAAGCCUCGCACCGUGGCCACGCCUCGGCCGUCAUCCACGGAUCCACCCGACCACCGACGCCUCUCCAGGCCGAUGGCGGCACAGCUCAUCAAUGGUGACCCCCCUACCGCCACUUCCCUCGCCGACGACCUCCACGCCGUAGCCGAGAUCCUGCUCCGCCUCCCGUCGCCGGCUGCCCUCGUACGCGCUGCGCUCGCCUCGAGGCGCUGGCGCCAGAUCGCCUCGUCCCCCGGGUUCCUCCGCAGGUACCGCUCCCGCCACACGUCGUCGCCCCUGCUCGGCCUCUAUGUCCCGCGCUCGCACGCCGGGCUCCCCUCUUUCCAGCUUGCGGAUUCGGUCCGGUCCGACCGCGCCCUUGCCAAAUUUGUGCGCGCGGGCGAUUUCAAUCUCACCGUCCUCGAGAGCCACCCGGAGUGGCGCCUCCUUGACUGCCACAACAGCCGCCGCCUCCUCUCUAGAGACGAGUCACGCGCCGUGUACAACCCCGUGUCCGGGCACGAACCCUUAUGGCUUCCGCUUCCGCAAAAUAGUCCCCUCGAAGGCACCUUCAUUUCUGAAUGCUUGUUGCAAGGCCAUUGCGACAAUGAGGCAUCGUUCCGCGUGGUCAGUGUGCAACACCGUGGCUGUGACCAGAUGGUGCGAGCUGCUGAGUACGACUCAUGUACUCGCCAGUGGCGUCGCCAUCAGUGGGUGAAGAACAUCAACAGACCUCAACAUGACCAGGCGAUGCACGCCGGUAGGCUCAUCUUUUGGAGAUACGAAGAUACUUCAUUGCUUUUGCUUGACACAGCCACUGUGGAAUUUUCCAUACUUGGUCUCCCCUUCACCUUCUUCCAACCGUCAAUGUAUGCCAUAGGAGACACCGUCGAUGGUGUCUGCUGCCUUGUGGGCCUUGUUGGGAGCCUUAAGAACCUUCAUUUGCAAGUGUGGCUGCUAAAGGAGGAUGGUGUUACCAAGACGUGGGAGCCAGAGAAGAAAGUUCCAGUUAGCCAAGUGCUUGGCAGGGAUGCCCAAUUGCAUCAAGUCCAUGUUGUAACCAAUGGAGUAGCUCUUCUAGCUGGCGAUCGGUGCCACCAAUUUGCCAUCAAUCUGAAGAAAAUGUGUAUCGAUGCUGAGUUUGAGUGCAGCACUCUUGGUUAUCCUUUGCAAAUGCCAUAGCCACCUGCUGUGUUGGUGGAAACUGGUAGGGAGACUAUUAAUUAUGUUGUGGAUGUUGUAACAAAAAAACUUUCUGCAAUUGAAGAAACUGAGAUGAAUAUGAUGUUUGGCGUCCAAUGUGACAAGAUGGUUAACAAAAGCAAGACAAUCCCUACUAGCAGGCUAGAUCAUGUUGGUGACAUGAUCCCCUAUAACCAAAUGAUCGUCCAUGGCAGUGAGAUGGUUCAAGGUAUUCAUACGACUCAUGGUAAUGACACUGCUGAGUCAGUGGUACAAACCAAAUCAAGAUGUGACUGCGAGAUGGUCUCUAGUGAUCAUGGUGGUAACAUGAUCAACUUUAAACAAACAGUCAUAUGUGGUAGUGAGAUGGUUCAAGGUAUUGAGAUGACUCAUGAUAAUGGCACUACUGAGGUGACUACUGCAUCAAGAUGCAGCAACCGGAUGGAUCACAGUGAUGAGAUGAUCCACUGCAACCAAAUGGUUAUUCGUGGCAGUGAGAUGGUUCAAGGUAUUGAAAUGACUCAUGGUACUUGCACUGUUGAGGCGGCACCUACCACAUCAAGACAUGGUCGUGAAAUGGUCCCUGGUAGGAAGAUGGUUCAUGGUUGUUCAAUGAUCCGCUGUAAUCAAAAGGCCAUCCAUGACAGGCAGAUGGUUCAAGGUAUUGAAAUGCCUCAUGGUAAUGACACUGCUGAGGCAGCACCAGACGCACCACCAACCACAGCAAGACGUCGGAGAAAGAACUCCAUCAUCUGGCAGCAUUUCACAACUGAAACCGAUUCUGAUGGAUGCACACGAGCAUGCUGUAAUUAUUGCAAGAGAACCUUUGCUUGCUCCAAAACAGCAGGCACUAGCCAUCUAAAGAGGCACAUUACCCUGGGUUCAUGUCCUGUGAUGAAAGGUCAAGUGCCACCUUCAUCAGGAAGGACAGGAAAUCGUGGCAGCUGUGCUGCUAAGAGGCAAUGCCUACAUGCUGGCCCUGGAAACGAUACAUUUGAUCGUAACGGCAAUACAUUGUAUCUGGGGAACAUGGACAUUCUGACUGAGCCUCUAGCUACAAAACAAGGAAAUGAAUACUCAAUAUCAAAAUGCUUAAAAGUGUUACAUGACAUGGACAAUGUGUCGGAUGAGAUCAAGCAUCUUGCCUUUCAUGUUCUCAAGGAUGCAA